CUCAGCUGAGUGUUGUCAUUGUUUACAGUGUAACAGGAUCUAGUAUACUACCCAGUACAUGGAUCUGGACUUUUCUUGGAAGAACUACGUCAGCAUAAUUCAUGAAAAUAAGAUAACUUGAUAUGUGUACACCUGCUGGGGUUGACAACAGAUAACACAUGAAUAGAAAGGAUGCCCAAAGUGCUACACUAGCUAGUACUAGUACAUGUAGAUGUCCCCAUUUUAACCAUGGUGUCGUAGUAGAAUUCCAGUCAAACUUCAACUUACAGGUUCAUGAUACUCCAUCAGUGUAUUUCUUGUAAAGGACAAUGAAUUUUUCCCAAGUCAUGCUCGGAAUAGUUGAUGUUUGAGGAAUUUGAUUGGAUUCCCCAUGACGUCAUCACAAAAUGGCCGCCUCCACUGCUUCAGAGAACCUGUUGUCUAUAUCAUGGCAUGAUAGUGCAUGGAUCCCCAUCCUCAACCCAGCUAAUGUGAUGGACUACUUCUCAGAGAGGUCAAAUCCUUUCUAUGACAGGACAUCAAAUAAUGAGAUUAUUAAAAUGCAAAGAUUAAACCCGGAACAAUUAAACAACAUGACUGGGUUGGAGUACAUUCUCCUCCAUGUUCAGGAACCUAUAUUAUACGUGAUAAGAAAACAACAUAGACACUCCUCAACGCAAGUUACUCCCCUUGCUGACUUUUACAUCAUAGCUGGUGUUGUUUACCAGGCUCCAGAUCUAGGAUCAGUGAUCAAUGCCAGGCUAUUGAAUACACUGAGUAACUUAGAAUCUGCAUUUGAUGAAGCAAAGUCAUAUUCUAGAUACCAUCCUUCCAAGGGUUAUUCAUGGGAAUUCAAAAACCAGGAGGAAAUAGACAAAGCUAAAGCCAAAGAGAAGAAAAAGAAAGAAGAACCAAGUUCACUGUUCCAGAGACAGAGAGUAGAUAUACUGCUCACAGAAUGGGCCAAAAAGCACCCCCCAAAGUACACAGCAGCCCCACAGGCAGAUAAACAGCAGGAUGAAAACAAGGAGCAAAUCAAACUUGAAAUGAAGACAGAAAAAUCUGAGACGGCCUCUCAGUCCUCACAUACCAGUAGCAGAGGUCCAGCAGAGAAAAAACCAAGACUAAGAUGACAUAAAGUUUGUAAAUAUGUAAAGAAAACAAUCAAGGUGAACUGUAUACUGCUAAGUUAUGAGUGAUGCAAGUCCAACAGAGGUAAUCAAGACUAAGGUGAUAUGAAAACUCCAACGAUAUUAAACAGAGUCCAUGUAUAUUUCUGCUAACAUACAAGUCACAGGACUCCAACGGUGAAGAAAUCAAGACCUAGAUGGCAUAGCAAAUCUCCAGUUAGAGAUCAGGAUGUGUUGUUUUUAUUUCAAAGAAGAAAUUACAACUUGAAUUACAUGUAAUCUCUGUGAACAUGUGAAUUUAUGUCACUAAAUUGUUGAGAGAAUGGCUGUGGAUAUGCACUGGUGGUUUUCGUGUGGUCAGUAGUGCAUACAUGUUCCAGUGAUACUAUACUUAGGCCAUAAAUAAAGUGGCUACCCUUAUAUGGAAAUUGUAGCCAUUGAAACCCUACAGAUGUAACUGAUUAUCAUAAAACAUUGGUCGCAUAGUUUAGUACUGUUAUCAACAAUAUGGAAUACUGUUUUGAUUGCCUUGUCAUUUUAUUCAUUUAAUCUAAGUUGAAUAAAUAAAAGGGGCCUUAAAUGGCCAAGAAUCAGUCAA